GCCUCAAAAGUCAAAACAUUAGGCUUAUAAGCACUAAUUAUUCCUUAUAUUUUGUCCAAAUAAUUCCCUAUAUAUAUAUAUUUUUUCUCUUCUUUUUCUUUUUCUAACUCCCAAUAAUCUGAUCUUAUAAUCAAACACACAAAACCAAAAAUAAAAUAAAUAUAGUAGAUCGAAUAUAUGAUGGAGCUACGUUUGAGCAAUAAUAAUGUUGCAAGUUCUUUGAUGUGUAUUAUUACAAUAUCAUUGCUAUGGAAAGCAAUUAUUUGGGUGUGGUUGAAACCAAAGAAAUUAGAAAGAUGCCUUAAAAAACAAGGGUUUCGAGGCAAAUCUUAUAGAAUAUUGUUUGGUGACACCAAAGAAAUUGCUAAGAUGGUGAGACAAACCACUUCUAAGCCAAUGGAGCACUUUUCAAAUGAUUUUGUACCUCGGAUCUUCCCUUUUCAUCAUCAAAUUAUCAAGAACUAUGGUGAUAGAUCAUUCUUAUGGAACGGACCAACGCCAACUGUGAUGAUAACAAAACCAGAAGAAAUAAGAGAAAUAAUGUUAAAGAUUUAUGAUUUUCCAAAAAUAUCGACUCCACUUUUGAAGAGGCUUACUAAUGGUUUGGUUAGACUCGAAGGCCAUAAGUGGGCCCAAGAAAGGAAAUUGCUUAAUCCUGCCUUCCAUAUGGAGAAAAUUAAGCUUAUGCUACCAGCAUUUCAUGCGAGUUGCAAUGAGAUGAUCCAAGAGUGGGAGAAGACGACACCCGAAACGGGAUCUCAAGAGGUAGAAAUGUGGUCAUUUUUACACAAUCUGUCAGCAGAUGUAAUCUCUCGAGCUGCAUUUGGAAGUAGUUUUGAAGAAGGAAGGAGAGUGUUUGAACUUUUAAGAGAGCAUACUUCUAUUACUGUACAAGCCAUGCAGUCAGUUUAUAUUCCUGGAUCCAGGUUUCUUCCUACUAAAAGAAACAAGAGGGAGGCAAAAAUCGUUAAUGAAAUGGAAUCACUGUUAAAAGAUAUGAUUCAAAAGAGGCAAAAGGCAAUGGAGAAUGGCGAAGCAGCUAAAGAUGACUUGUUAGGGUUAUUGCUCAAAUCGAACUUAGAAGGAGUACAAGAUCAUCAAUUAUUACAUGGAAAUUACAAGCAACAACAAUUUAAGAUGAGUAUGAAAGAGGUAAUUGAAGAGUGUAAAAUGUUCUAUGUUGCUGGACAAGACACCACUUCAUCGUUGUUGGUAUGGACUCUUGUUUUGCUAAGCAAACAUACAAAUUGGCAAGAACAAGCUCGAGAAGAGAUUUUCGCCAUGUUCGGUCACAAUACACCUCAUGUUGAUGGCUUAAUCCAACUCAAAAAGGUGAACAUGAUACUUCAUGAGGUUCUACGACUAUAUUCGCCGGUGUUUUCCCUAAAUCGAAAGGUUAGCCACGAAAUGAGAGUAGGCGAUAUGGUUCUACCGGCGGGUGUACAUGUUAAUUUGCCAACUAUUUUUAUUCAUCAUAGUGAAAAAUUAUGGGGUACUGAUGCAAAGGAAUUUAACCCAGAGAGAUUUUCACAAGGAAUUUUGAAGGCCACAAAAGAAAAUAAUAUGUGUUUCUUUGCAUUUGGAUGGGGGCCUCGUAUAUGCAUUGGAUCGAAUUUCGCGAUGAUGGAAGCUAAAAUGGCAUUGGCAAUGAUUUUGCAACGAUUCUCCUUUGAGCUCUCUCCAUCUUAUGUUCAUGCUCCUACUAUAGGUUUUGGAACUCUUCGUCCUCAAUUUGGUGCUAAGUUAAUUUUGCAUCGUAUGUAUAAAUUAUAGAUGUUCUUAUUUCAUUUAAAAUUAUUAUUGCUCACAUGUAAGUUUAAAAUUCUAUACUUUCUAAUAUAAUUGCAGCGAUUGACGAGUGAUUUUGUUAUGCAUUCCAA